AUGGCGCUGCUGACGAAUUCGUCGUCAGCGACGGGCCCAACGGCCGGCGGGCCGUCGGCUCCGCAGGCGCAUUCGGCCACGCCAUUACAUCACUAUUUUCACUAUUUGAAGCAGCCUUCACCAUUAGCCCAGAACCCGUAUGCUCACCAUUCGUCAGCGCACCAUAUGGGCAUGGGGCCGGGACCUCUAGGAGGAUUAGGCCCAUUUGGAUUGACACCACAUGGAUUAGAAGCGGUUGGAUUUCCACAAGAUCAACAUGAAAAGUUAUGGAGUUGGAGCGUAAAUCCUCGAAAACAGCGCCGCGAGCGCACGACAUUCACACGUGCCCAACUAGAUGUUCUAGAAGCAUUAUUCGGCAAGACCAGAUAUCCUGAUAUCUUCAUGAGGGAAGAAGUCGCCUUGAAGAUAAAUCUACCGGAGUCUAGAGUACAGGUCUGGUUCAAAAACAGAAGAGCUAAAUGCCGACAGCAAUUACAACAACAAACCAACACACAGAUCUCCAGUAAAUCAUCAUCUAGUUCCAAAACGUCCGUCUCCAGUACCAGCAUCAAAACCUCAUCCAGUUCCUCAAAGAUUAACACUUCGAAAUCAAUAACCAGCUCAUCAAAUGUUCCUACAACCCAAAACUCCAGCGUCACUACCUCCUCCCCUAAUCUCCCAAUCACUCCCACAACGUCAGUGAGUCCACCAAUCAACGUCAUUUGCAAGAAAGAGUCAGCCACAUCGAACUACGAAACUUCCCCCCACAAUAAGAAUAACAGUCUUACAUCACUUUCUCAUUACAACUCCAACGAACUCAGACUAAGUGGAAAGGAAUCUUCUCCCUCAGAACCUGUAUCUAACAUUCACAGUUACGGAGUCACUCCGAAGCAAGAGUUAUAUAGCAGUCCAAAACGGCUGGAUUAUUCGAGCAAAUUGGAUUACACGGAGAAAUUUGGUAGCAAUCUGGUGAAAGACCAGUACAGUUCGCGACUGACGGGUAAUCUGACUCCCUUAGGGUCCAAUUCCUCUAUAAUGACAACUCCCUCUCCUCCUAUAACUCCUCAAAGUUUAAAUGGACCAGGGAACGUUUACCAUCCGGACAGUUACAACAGUUUCCACUGGCCGGGGUCUACGGACUACAUCAGGAACUACUCGACGUCUCAUCAUCAUCAGGGUUAUGGUCAGAGCGCCUAUAAUUCCCCAUAUUAUCCUAGUCAGAUGGAAUACUUCAAUGGCUCUUCCGUGAAUCAAACUCAUGGCAGCCAUCACAGCCACAACUUGACGGCCAACGGCAACCAGCUCUACAACCAAGUAUCCUUCGGCAACCCAUCCUCUCCAGGGGCGUGGGCGUCCCAUCACAACAUACUCUCAACGGGACCCGAAUCCCCAGAGAAUCAAUCGCAAAAUACCCCACACUUGAGCAUGCUCCAAGCAUCACAAAUAACGAACUUUUCCAACUCCGGUAACAGUUAUUUUGCUCCGGAAAAAUACGGAAUCAAUAUGGUUUAG